GGUUUCCAGAUUGGCCCGUUGACGGUGAAAAACCAGGAGUUCGGAGAGUCGGUGUACGAGCCAGGUUUUGUUUUUGUCAUGGCUAAGUUUGACGGGGUGCUGGGCUUGGGGUACCCCUCCCUGGCUGAGGAACUGGGGACGCCCGUUUUCGACAGCAUCAUGAACCAGAAGUCUGUGGACCAACCCAUCUUCUCCUUCUACCUCAGCAAGAGUAAGAUGCCGAGGGACCCAGAGGGAGAGUUGCUGCUAGGAGGGAUUGACGAGGCGCUCUACAGUGGACCCAUCAGCUGGAACCCUGUUACCCUGAAGAGCUACUGGCAGAUCAAGAUGUCCAGUAUACAGGUCCAGGGAGCCUUGAAUUUCUGUCCCCGCGGCUGUCAGGCCAUCAUUGAUACAGGCACGUCUCUCAUCAUCGGCCCCAACCGUGACAUCCUCGCUCUACAACAGCUGAUAGGAGCUACCCCCACUUCCAUUGGAGAGUACCUGAUUGACUGCGCCCGCAUCUCCAGCCUGCCCCAGGUGACCAUCACGCUCAACGGGGUGGAAUACGUGCUCACUGCUGAGUCCUACGUCAAAAAGGAGUUGAUGGGUGAUCAUGAGAUCUGUUUCAGUGGGUUCCAGGGGGAGGAUCUGCACUCCUCGACGGAUCCUCUGUGGAUCCUAGGGGACGUGUUCCUCUCUGAUUACUAUAGCAUCUAUGACCGGGGACAGGACAGGGUGGGCUUCGCUAAGGCCAGACACACACGCUAUGCAACGUUGGAUGCAGAGAUGGAUAGAUAGAUGGGAGGUGGGAAGGGAGCGAUGGAAGUAGGGAGUGAUGGAUGGAUGGAUGAUAGAAGGAGGGAUGAAGUGAGGAAGGAAGGAAGGAAGGAAGGAAGGAAGGAAGGAAGGAUGGAAGGAAGGAUGGAAGGAAGGAAGGAAGGAAGGAAGGAAGGAAGGAAGGAAGGAAGGAAGGAAGGAAGGAAGGAAGGAAGGAAGGAAGGAAGGAAGGAAGGAAGGAAGGAUAGUGAUAGAAGAGUGGAUGAAGCGAUGCAUGGAAUCACCAUGCUGCACCUCCUGUCAUCAUCACUGAGACAGAAGUGCUUCAUGGGAAGGCUGUAAGGCUGUCUGUCCAGCAUUAUCAGUGGCUGUCUGUCCAGCAUUAUCAGUGG